UCCAGAUCUUUCUUGUUUAUCUGCUUCAUCCUUUUUCUGGACUCAUUGAUUCGGAUUUUUGUCUUGUACGAUCAUCACCAACAAAGUAAUGGUAUUAGUCAAACGAGAAGCUUUAGAAGCGUCAUUUCUGGCGCUGUAUGAUGCCAUUAAGGAAGUUAAUGACCAUCACUUACUGUUUAAAACCCUCCUUGGAGAUAUCAGAUCCACACUAGACUGUAUAGAACCACUGAUCAAAGAGACAGUAGAGGAUGCAAAGGAAUUGGAUUUUCCAGAGGAUGAACUUCAUAACUUUAGAGUACAAAUGGAGGAGGGGAUUGAGCUCAUUCGUAAGUGCUCUAAGGUUGCUCCACUGAGUACUGACGAAAAAUAUAUAUACAGAAACAAACUAGGUCAACUGGGCAAAUCUCUGCAAAGAUUGUUGGAUAUCCUGAAAGCGCAUAGCAUAAGAGAUGUGAAGAAAACCUUAGUGACGGUAAAGAAUAUAGAGACUUUGGUCCAGCAAAUUGAUGUGAAUUUUGGGGCACAAAUCAAUUCAUCUAAACGUAUUGAGGGUUGGUGUGCAAUACCUGAACCUCCACCACUUGUAGUUGGAUUGGAAGGGCCUUUGAAGGAAUUGAAGAUGAAGCUUUUCAGUGAUGAGAUAUCAAUGCUUGUAUUAACUGCCCCCGGAGGAUGUGGGAAAACUACAUUGGCAACAAAAUUUUGUCAAGACGAAGAAGUCAGAGAUAAAUUCAAGAACAAUAUCUUCUUUGUAACUGUUUCCAAGAAGCCCAACUUAAACCUUAUUGUAGAAGAGCUAUAUCAAAGCAAGGGUUCCCAGGUACCUGAUUUCCAAAAUGAAGUAAUUGCAGUUGAUUGCCUGCACGAAUUUUUAAACCAAACGGGGAAAAAUCCUUUACUGUUGGUUUUGGAUGAUGUUUGGUCUGAAUCCGAAUCCCUUCUUGAGAUGUUUGAUGAAUGGAAAAUGCCAAAUUGCAAGAUCUUGGUAACAUCAAGGUUUGCAUUUCCAAGAUUUGGUUCUCCUUAUAAUUUAAAAUCAUUGAGUGACGAAGAAGCAAUGGCUCUUUUUAUUCAUUCAGCAUACUUGGGAGAUAUUAGCUCUCAUGUUCCGGAAGACCUUGCUAGACAGGUACUAAAACAUUGUAAGGGAUUUCCGCUUGCGAUUACAGUGGUUGGAAGAUCACUUUGUGGGCAGCCUAUAGAGAUCUGGCAAAAAAGAUUAAUUGAAUGGAGUAAAGGUUCAUCUAUUCUUAACUCCGAUCAUGAUUUACUUGUUUGCCUCCAAAGCAGCUUAGAUGCCUUGGAGAAAGAAAGUAUUACCAUCAAGGAAUGUUUCCUAGACCUAAGUUCAUUUCUGGAAGACCAGAGAAUACCUGCUACUACCCUCAUUGAUAUAUGGGGAGAGUCGUAUAAAAUAGAUGAAGACUGGCUUUGCAUUGCAAACCUUUGUGAACUCACCAAUCGAAAUCUUGCUAAUCUUAUAGUCACUAGGAAGGAUCCCAGGGAGGUGGAUGGCUAUUACACUGAACAUUUUGUUACUCUUCAUGACAUUCUUAGAGAAUUGGCUAUCUAUCUGUCAAGUGUGGAAUCAAUAGAACAGAGAAAAAGGCUGAUAAUAGAUAUGUCUGGAGACCAUUUUCCUGAGUGGUGGACAGAACAGAAGUGUCAACCUAUCAAUGCCCACCUUUUAUCUAUCUCAACAGAUGGAAACUUCUCGUCUAAAUGGCCCAACAUGCAACUACCACAAGCAGAGGUUGUAAUUCUGAACUUUCAGUCAAAGAAAUAUGCCCUACCCACAUUUCUGGAGAAAAUGGACAAAUUAAAGGUUCUGAUAGUCACAAAAUAUGGUCUUUUGCCUGGUGAAUUAGAUAAUUUUCCAUUACUGGGGUCACUGUUGCAUCUAAAGAGAAUCAGAUUCGAACGAAUUUCAAUACCUUCCAUAAGCAAGAGCCCUGUACAGUUGGAGAGUUUAGAAAAGAUAUCGUUAUUCAUGUGCAAAAUUGGUCAAGCUUUUAGCAACUGUGCCGUCAAACUUGUUGAUCUAUUGCCAAAUGUAGUGGAAAUGAACAUUGAUUACUGCAAUGAUUUGGUGGAAUUGCCUGCAAUGCUCUGUGACCUGAUAUCCUUGAAAAAGCUCAGUAUCACCAACUCCCAUAAGCUGUCUGCCUUACCUGAAGAAAUAGGAAAAUUGGUAAACUUAGAAAUGUUGAGGCUUAGGUCCUGUACAGACUUGUCAGAGUUUCCGGACUCAAUUCAGAGCCUCAUAAACUUAACCUAUCUUGACAUCUCUGAUUGCUUCAGUAUCAAGGAGUUGCCUGAACAUAUAGGUGGAAUGCGCAGCUUAGAAGUACUCAACAUGAGACAAUGCUCAAGACUGCAAGAGCUGCCUACAUCAGUUUUGAAUCUUGAACAGUUAAAGGAGGUGAUAUGUGAUGAAGAGACUCGUGUUCUAUGGGAGCCCUUCUUAUCUGUUCUGAAAUACACACACGUAAGGGUGGUGAAAGACGAUAUAAAUCUGAAUUGGCUGCACAAGUUUCCAACUUGAGUGCCAAUCUUUUCUAGUAACUAUUGGAGCGAGCUUGUGAUAUAUCUCUCGGUCGCUCCACAAUGCUCAUCCUGGAGAAAUGAAGCCUAUGAUGCCUAAUGCUUUUCGUUGUUAUUGUAGUUUGUAUGUUUCUUUGUAACAAAUUAUCUAGUAAACCUAGUAUAAUUAUGUAGCCUAUCGGUUAG